GAACGGGCCAAAAAAAAAAGUCGAGAUACACGCGUUCAAAAAAUCGCUGUAAAAUUUGAAUUUCAAAUGACCUAAGGAUCCUGCUCCAGUUGUGUGGUGUGCCUUCUGUGUUCUAUAUAAGAGUGAUAGCGGUGGGUUCGAGUGUCAGAACAGAUCAAGAUGUGGAGUUGGCCGGUGGUAUUCGCACUGCUCCCGCUCUUGGCCACGGCCACGGCCAAGGUCUUCGAUCGCUGUGAGCUGGCCAAUUUGCUGCAGCAGCGAUUUGGCCUGCCGGCCGUCCAAGUGGCCACUUUGGUGUGCAUAGCCCAGCACUCGAGUGACUUUAACACUGCCGCCUUUGGCGGUGGGGCCGGACUGGGCGGUGGCUCCCAUGGUCUCUUCCAGAUCAGCGAUGUCUACUGGUGCUCGCCCCCGGGACAGGGCAAGGGCUGUGGCCUGAGUUGCUCGAGUUUGAGGGACGACGACAUCGCCGACGAUGUCCAGUGUGUGCGACGGAUCUAUGCCGAGCAUCAGAGGAUCAGUGGAGAUGGCUUCACCGCCUGGCAGGCCUACGGAGCCUACUGCCGCCAGGAUGCGGCCUCCUAUGUGGCUGGAUGUGGAGGUCUGGGCAGCACAGCCCUUCAGGUGGCUGCUUCCUACCAAAAGCCGCAACAAGUGCAGGUCCACAGCCAUCCGGCGGCGCACUACCAUCAGGUGGCCCAAGUCCAGACGCAGGGCAAGAUCUACAGUCGCUGCGAACUGGCCCAGGAGCUGUUCUACCAGCACAAGCUUCCCAUGCCCCAGAUUCCCACCUGGGUGUGCAUUGCCCAGCACGAAUCCUCCUUCAACACGGCUGCCGUGGGUCGCCUGAAUGCGGAUGGCAGUGCGGAUCAUGGUUUGUUCCAGAUCAGCGAUCUCUUCUGGUGCACCCACGAGCAGAGGGCGGGAAAGGGCUGCCAGGCCACCUGCAAUCAGUUCCUGGACUCCAGCAUAGCGGAUGAUGUUCAGUGCAUCAGGAGGAUCCAUCAGGAGCAUACGCAAAUCUCGGGCGAUGGCUUCAAUGCCUGGACCGUGUACAAAAGGAACUGCCUCAAUCAGCACUACGAACAGGUGGCAGCCUGUUUUGCCAAGCCACCAGCCCAGGGCCACCAUCCCAACGCCAUCGGGGGAGGUGCUGUGAAGCCCAAGGUCAGCUAUGCCUAUCAGUUUGCCCAGGUGCAGGUGCAGCAGAGACCGACUGUGAAUCAAUAUUAUCGACCUGCGCCACCCGCCCCGAGUUACCAGACCAGUGUGGCCGCCUAUUCGGGUAACCCCUUUCUCCGACCACGCCCCUUUCAGCCUCAGCCUCAGCCUCAAACUCAAACUCCCGCCCGACAGCAUCCCAAUGCCAUUGGAGUGCCACUUAGAAACCAAACCCCUGCUAACCCCUUCUACAUUCAGAAACAGCCAGUACAGUAUCAGCCACACUAUCAGUCACACUCCCAAACACACUAUCAACGCACGGGUAAAGUUUACAAUCGCUGCGAAUUAGCCCAAGAGUUGUAUUUCUCACACAAGUUUCCCAUGCAGGAAUUGGCCACCUGGGUGUGCAUCGCCGAGCAUGAGUCCGCGUUCAAAACGGCAGCUGUGGGUCGCCUGAACGCGGACGGUAGUGCGGAUCACGGGCUCUUCCAGAUCAGCGAUCUCUACUGGUGCACCCACGACGAGGGCGGCGGCAAGGGCUGUCACAUCGACUGCAAUCGACUGCUGGACUCGGACAUCUCCGAUGAUGUGAAGUGCGUGAGGACCAUCCACGAAGAGCACACACGGAUUUCGGGGGAUGGGUUUACCGCCUGGACUGUCUACAAUGGACACUGCAGGAUGAAAACUCGAGCUGAUGUAGCCAGCUGCUUCGAGGAUAAAGAUCUGCCUCGGGAAGUCAUCAAACCAGCCAAGGGAAACGAACUGGUCAAGAACGUAGCUCCAACUUCGAAGGGUAAAAUCUACAAUCGCUGUGAGCUGGCCAAGGAACUUUACCAUAAGCAUAAGUUACCCAUGAGGGAGAUUCCCACUUGGGUUUGCAUAGCCCAACAUGAAUCCUCUUUCAACACAGCCGCUGUGGGGAAGCUCAAUGCAGAUGGCAGUGAGGAUCAUGGCCUGUUCCAGAUCAGCGAUAUUUACUGGUGCUCCCAUGACCAGACCAGUGGCAAAGCCUGCCACAUUGAAUGCGAUCGUUUGCUAGAUUCAGAUAUCUCCGACGAUGUGCAGUGCAUUCGCACAAUCCACGAGGAACACACACGACUCUCAGGAGACGGUUUCAACGCCUGGACUGUCUACAAUGGGCAUUGCAGGAACCAGAACUUGGCCCAAUUGAGUGACUGCUUCGAUGGAAAUGAGAUUGCAGAGGCGGAUAAGAUCAGCCCUUAUGGAGAAAAGCCACAAGUGAAGCCCCAUCAGUCAGUGCUGGAGAAACCACAGCAAAAGAUAGCCACCAUUCAAGACUAUGGCGGUAAUCCCUUCCUGCAAAAUCUGCAAGCAACUAAGGCAUCUCAAGCUCAUGUGCAGCCCACCAAACUCACAAAUAAAAUUACAAAUAAUAUUUCAACUCCCAAGGAGGCACAAACCAAUAAACUCUAUGCCACCAAUCCAUUUUUAAAUAAUCAAGUGAAAAAUAAGCCUACUCCAGCGUUGGGGUCUGCUACUUAUUCUACCCAAAAACCCGUGUAUGAUAGCAAUCCCUUCCUGAUAGACCCUGGUUCAAUUACACACUCUGUUAUACCUUCACAUUCUUUAGAGGAAGUCAAACCAAACGACAGUUUGUCCUAUGCCCAUAAUCCAUUUCUCAGUCUUCUUGGCAAACCAAUUGUACCUGCUCAAGCACCCAUCAAUCCCAAUCCCAAGACCAAGCCCUCGAGCCCAAGUAAAAGCCCAUCUAAGCCCUCUCAGCUGGCCAACAGACCCUAUGUCAGCAGCGACAGCUUCCGCAACGAAGUGAUUAAAUUUACGGCCACCUCUGCGGCAGUGGCAACAACUACAAGCGUCACAAAGCAAUCUGUAACAACAACCACAAGGAAACCCUUGACAGCGGGCACAAAAAAACCAGUCUCAACUACGGCCAAAACAACGAGCUUGCCGCUAUGGUCAUGGCAAACUUCUACGACCGCUAAGCCCACAAUAACAGAAAGUGGUAAUCGCUACACAGCUACAACGAAAGCCUCUGCACCUUUAACAACUACUCGAUCAGUGAUAUCCAACAAGCCAGCUCCUCCUACAACUAUUAGACCAACUAGUCGCUCAACUAGUCGAACAACUGCUCGGCCAACUACUGCGCUUACCAUCCGAGCGACAGCAAGCCCAAAUACUUACCUAAUCACUCAACCAACUACUCAUUCAGCAAUUCGUACAACUACAAGUCCAGGAACUCACUCAACUACUCGAUCAACUCUUCGCUCAACAACUUAUUCAACAACUCGCCCAAUUUCAACGGCACGUCCAACCAUUCGUUCGACUACUAGCCCAACUAGUCGACCAACCCCUCGUUCAACAACUCGUUCAACUACUCGUCCAACAACUCGUCCAACCACUCGUCCAACUACUCGUCCAACCACUCGUUCAACUACUCAGUCAACUACACGUCCAACCACUAAGACAACUACUCCUCCAACUAGGAGUUCAAUAAACAAUCAACAAAAAUCAACAACAACGAGAACUUUAUCUCGCUACACAACAGUAAGCAAGCCCACCACUCGGCCAACUACAACUACUCGUCCAAUUACAACCACUCGCUACAUUCCAACAACUCGCCAAUCUUUAAUAACCAAAACCACAAUUCGCUAUGCGGCCUUAUAUUCGCCAACUUCUCGACCAAAUGCAACAACAAAAUCUACCACACCUACACGUUUGCCAAGCAAGUCCACAUACAACUAUAUAUCCGUAAAUAAACCCACCACACGCCCAAAUCCUACCACUCGUUCACCCACAGCCGUUCGUUACUCACCAACAACUCACCAACCUUUAACGACGAGAACCACAACUCGUAACUCAGCGAUAACUGCACAAGCCACUCGUCAAGAAAGCACCACACCAAGGCCAUAUUUAUUUACCUCAACAACGAAGAAGAGUGCAACUACUAAAGACCCCUUUGAUCACCCAUUUUUCCAGAAAUUCAAAGCAAAGUUUGAGACUCAAACACAAAGUCCGAAAAUCAAGACCACCAUAAGCCUAAAUCAAAAUCAAACCACCAGCAGUCCUUAUUAUGCCAAAUAUCAGGAAAACAAGAUGAAAACAGGUGCCAAAACCGUUCUUUCUUACGAUUUCGGCCAAAAUCGAAACACGACUAGGCCUAAAAGUGCCUUCGAUGUCUACCUUAACUGGAACAAAAAUUAAGGGGGUUUCCAUUAGUAAGACACUUUCGAGACUUGUAAAUAUGCGUUAUUGAUCGAUGUAAUACUUAGCAUAAUGGCAGAAUACUCAUACAUUAUUAAUCCGUAAGCCUUUAUAUAGGAUUUAGAUAAUAAAAUAAAAAUAAACCAAUGCGAAUGCGAAA